UGCUUCGAGAUGUCCUUUUUGGUUUAUGCAUUCUUGUUAUAUUGUUCUUCAUUCUGAAUAUGAAAUCAAGUCUCCUAGGCUUAUGAAGAUUAUACAUUUUAUUUUUUCCCACAGGGAAUACCAAAGAGGUUCAUGAAAAUAUGGUGAGAAUCUCUCAAAAGGAUGAUUUCUGGGAGAUUGGUUUGGCCUGUGGAAUUGGAAAAAUGUGAUGAGAUGGUUUGGCUAUCAAAGGGUUGGAAUGAAUUUGCAGAGCAUUGCUACAUCUGUGAGAGUGUGAGGGCCAAUUUUUCGUCUCAAAUCUGAAGAGGACUCCAUUUACCAUGUAAUCAUUUUUGAUAAAAGCAUGUCUGAGAUAGAAUAACUGCCAAUCAAUGUCAAUAUGAGGAACCGAGCCUCAGCAAUUGUGGAAUUAUCUUGUUAAAAGUGGAAGAUGCCUACAAUUGCCAUGAUGUUGCAGUUGAGCUUGAAGUCUUAGGAGAUGAAGCCAAGUGUCCUUAGCUUUGUAUGACGAUGGAAUUUGAUCAUUUUUGCGAAGUUCGUGGCAGUUCCUAUGCAUGUUCAUCAGCACGGAGUUUGGGGAGGGACAGAAGUUUGAACGGCUCAUCAUGAGAUUUUCCAAGUGUAAGCUGAGAGAGCCGGGCUUGUGCAGCGCUCUUGAACCAGCCAACAAAUUUAAACCUGAGAUCCUCCCACUAUCUUCCUCAGAAAUCAUUGGUUGUUUUCUUGUUUCUGAUGACAAAAUUGCGAAAUGUCUGUACUUGAGUAGAGAGUUCCUGGUUCAUUCCCAAAGACGCAUAUUAAGGAAAGCUCAUAGAUCAUUGGUUUCAUAUUUCAAGACAAAUCAUGGCCCAUUGAAGCUCAUCAGCCACGAACAUUAUGGAAACUUAUCUGCUCGUUGGGCUGCAUUCAGGAGAGAAACUCCUCUGCAGGUGGAAGACAUCUCUGCGUUCGAGCUUUAUCGGAAGGGACAAUAUCGUGUUUAGAGUAUCCAUCUUCAGAACCACUGAUAAGACUUGCGUGAAUAACAGUAUUAUGCAAAUACGAUGCAGCAGAGGCAGCAUCGGUUUUAGCUCACUUUUGGUGAGAACUAAACAGACAGAAUUGCUAGGCUGAAUUCUGCUUCUAGUUCGGCAAAAUAGAUAAAAGCAUGAGUUUUGUUCCAAUGAAUGAAUGGUCCUGAACGUGUACGAUACCUUUCCUUGAUCCUAGACUUAAUGAUCACCAUGUUGGCGCCAGGCGGGAGU